AUGACCAAGGACUCUAAGAUUAUUGUUAUCGGAUCAGGUGCAUUUGGGAUCUCUGCAGCCUAUCAUCUUUCCGAAGCAGGAUAUACAAAUAUUACAGUGUUUGACAAAGGUGAUUAUAAUCAUAAUCUUUUUGAUCCUUUAAAAGGCGCUAAUGCCCCAUCAACUGAUUAUAAUAAACUUGUGAGGGCGUCUUACAUCGACAAGACACAUUAUCAAAACCUAGCCUUGCAAAGUUUACAGAUUUACUACAAGUGGAAUGAGCAGCUUGAGCAUGCUGCAUUUCUCCCAAAUGGUUUGAAAAAUACUGAUAAAAUAUUCCGAAAUACGGGAUAUGUCAGGUUCGAUGAUGUUGAAAAUAAAGAAGAAGCAAAAACAUUAGCACAUUUUGAAAAGCAAGGUCUUCGGAGUUUUGAAUAUGAUAUCAAUAAUGAGGAUGAUAUCUUGAGGUCAAAAAUAACUGGUUGGUAUUCAAAAAUAGAUCCUCUAGGUCAAAAGGGUAAGGUCAAAACUUUAACUGGAGUUCUUGAUUCAAUAGCAGGUGUUGUUAAUGCUAACAAGGGUCUACUAUGGUUAAAAUAUCUUAGCGAACGAUCAGGUAAUGUGAAGUUUGUUUUUGGGCCAUUGCAUGGAGAGAUUGAGAAAAUUAUAUAUUCUGAUGCCACUAAAAUUAAGGCUGUUGGGGUCCAAACAAAAGAUGGGAAAAAGCAUGAUGCUGAUUUUGUUGUUAUCGCUGUUGGAGGGUAUACACCAGCUUUUUUACCUUCUGAAAAAAGAGAUCGGAUUGAAAGUGUUGCAUCAACGAUAAUUUUUCUUCAAAUUCCUCAUGAUCGGCCAGAUCUCUUGAAGAAGUACCAAAACAUUCCAAUGAUUAAUUGGAGAAUGAGGUACCAGGAAAAUAUUGUUAAGGAUGGUAUAUAUAUGUUUCCAGCAACGGAGGAAGGCAUAAUCAAAAUAGGAGCCAAUGAUGAAUUGUGGAGAUAUUUUGAUGAGAAUAAUGAAACGUUGAAAAAUGUUAGCACGCCAACUGACAAAUUCAAGCUUCUCCCUAAAGAAUCAUUUGAAUCUUACAAGACUUUUUUUAGUCAAUGGCUUAAAGAUCUUAAGGAUGCUAAUGUACAUAUUGAAAAAUCUAAAUUCUGCUUUGAUGCAAUUAGUCAAAAAAAUGAAUUUGUUAUUGAUUUUGUUCCCGGAACAGAAAAUGUGAUAAUUUCAAGCGGUGGCAGCUUUCAUGGAUUUAAGUUUUUACCUAUUAUAGGAAGGUUUGUUGAAGGUUUGAUUUCUAAGAAGAAUUAUCAAUACAGUGAGUAUUUCAAAUUUGAUUCCAUCAAGGAUAAUGAUUUUGAUAGAAAGCCAUUGAAGGAUGUUUAUAGUGAUCAUUCUUUAAAGUAUGCAGGUCUUGUGGAGAGAAAGCAAGAUUAUUUUGAAAUACGAUAG